CUCCACUCUCAACCUCUUCAAAUAAAUGUAAUCUACCGAUAUUCUUGCAGUCUAAUCAAGUACUUGUUAAUUAUAACCUAGACUUUCUAUAAACUCAUUGUAUGUUUGCUUAACAAUAAGUAACUGAAUAUACUUUUGAAGAUGUUCAAGAGGAAAUUCAAAUAAGUAAGUUAUUGUAAAUAUGAUAUAGUUGAGAGUGUUGAAACCUUCAAUUUUGAGGAAGAUGAUAUACAUAAUGAUUAUUACAAUCCGAUUUAAAAAUUGCCGCUGAGGAAACCUAGAAAGAGAAGAAGAAGACAAGUAAUUCAUGAUAAAAGAAGAAGAAAAGCAACUACAAAGAGAAUUGUAAUAAAUUUUGUUUAAUCUUUAUUUUAGAAUAGAAAGCAUCAGCCAAUUCCAUUCAAUUAUUUAGAAGAUAGAUAAAUACUUCUAUAAGUACUAGAGUUGGGUCCAAAGUUUUAUAAAAUAGCCAAAAAUUUUCCAGGAAGAACAUUGAGUAUGGUGAAGAAUAGAUAUUAUAAGACUUUGCGCUUCUAGUGGGAUGUUAUUUUGGGACAGUAAGAAAAUUAUUUAAGAUUUCUAGAGCUUAUGGACAUCUGAAUGCAUAGACUGGGGAAAUUGAUAAUUAAUAAAGUGUAGAUUAUUUGGAGGAACUUAAUGAUGAAAAUAUCUAUUCAUAAUUUUUAUUUUGA